AUUUUGCCGGUGCGGAGCUUUCAGUCUGUCACUCUUCUUGACUUGCUGCCUGUGCCUGCUCAUGCUCACAACACUCACAACAUCUGAUUAGUGUUAUUGUUUUUACGUACAUACAUUUCGAGUAACGACAAAAACUCGCAGGAACAAUGUCAGCUGCUGUGUUGCCAGACUCUGAUAGCGAAGAUGAACUUCCACCAGGUUGGGAGGAAAGAGCAACACCUGAUGGCAGGGUGUAUUUUGUUAAUCACAAUACUAAGGGCUGCCAGUGGACGCACCCAAGAACAGGAAAAAAGAAGGUUGUCGCUGGAGAAAUCCCUUUUGGCUGGAAGAAGCAAGUGAAUGAGGAUGGCAAAAUCAUUUAUGUGGAUGACAUCAAUAACCGGUCAACCUAUGCUGACCCAAGACUUGCUUUUGCUCUUGAAGAGAAAGAGAGUCCCGAUGACUUCCGGCAAAAGUUUGACGGUUCCAGUAACGCUAUGCAAGUUUUGCAUGGACGGGACCUCACUGGAAAAGUCGCUAUUGUGACUGGUGCUAAUUGUGGCAUUGGAUUUGAAACUGCUCGGUCACUUGCCCUUCACGGCUGCACAACAAUUUUCGCCUGUAGAAGUGCAGACAAAGCUCAAGAAGCAAUUGGAAAAAUCAAGGCAGAAGGCAAAACCUCUGGUCCUAUGGAGUUCAUGGAACUGGAUUUGGCCUCUUUGAAAAGCGUGAAGAACUUCGCGACCUUGUUCCAGAUAAAUUACAAGUCCCUGGACAUGCUAAUUUUGAACGCAGCUGUCAUGGGGCUGCCGUUCUCGCUGACUCCCGAUGGAUUUGAAACGCAUUUCCAAGUCAACCACCUGUCCCACUUUUACCUAACCUUGCUGCUCAAGCCAAUUUUGCAAACCACGCCCUACUGCAGGGUGGUUUUCGUUUCGUCAGAAUCGCACAGAUUCUCAUUCCUUGACAUAAACAACAUCAAUGAAGAAAGACUGUCCCCGCUGACGGCCUCCAGGUUCCAAGGCUCAAUGCAGGCCUACAACGACUCCAAACUUUGUAACCUGAUCAUCAGCGUUGAGUUAGCUCGCAGAUGGAGUUCUCUUGGAAUCGCUGUAAACGCCCUUCACCCUGGAAACAUGGUCAGCUCCGCCCUUUCAAGGAACUGGUGGCUCUACCGGUUUCUUUUCAUGCUAGUCAGACCCUUCAGCAAAUCACUUCAACAAGCAGCGAGUACAUCGCUUUACGUAGCCGCCCAUUCGGACACAGCCGGAGUUGGAGGGCUGUACUUCAACAAUUGCUGCCGAUGCCCUUCCAGCGCCGCCUGCGAUGACGUUGAGUUGGCUCUUACCCUUUGGGAUCUUAGCAUUGCCAUGAUUGAGAAAGUGAUGGGCCAAGGAUCGACCGCAGAGUUUACUCAAGAUAAGGAAACUGAGUCAUAGAUUCACCCAAUCUCAUUGCUCUGACUGGGAGAGUGAUAUUUUUGCGCAAUGCCCCAUUAUUGCAGUUGAAUUGAUUAUAUGAUAGAUUUGUGUUAUCAAGAGCCUAGCCAUCCAAGAGUCUUAAAACCAACUGCAGGGGCCGUUCCAUGAUUUAUUAGUAUUUAUAAGUAACUUUAGGUUUUAUAGCAAAAUCUUUUUCAUAUAUUGUAUUUAAAAUUGAUAAAUAAGGUCGUAAUGCAGAAUGCUUUGUGGACCUAAAGUCUGAUUUUUUUGUUCCCUUUUGUUGAUUUUUAAAUAUGACAUCCUGUUUGAUAUUUCGCUAGCAUUGAAAAAUAAAUUACCUACAAGCUAGUAAAUGAA